CUUUCAACCUUUUUUCCUCAUCAUGGUCGCCGUCAAGUCUUUCCUUCUCACCGCCAUUGCCGUCGUCGGGGCGAGCGCUGCAGUACUCGAGGAGCGUCAAGCCGGCUCGUACAUCGAUUCUGUCGUUUCCGAUGCAACGUCCCUUGCUGGCACUAUCGCCUCGGGAGCAACUUCGCUCGCCGGAGACUUUACGAGCAUCGGCAAUGGCGUGUUCGAGACCGUAACAUCCGCUGGUGGCCAUGCAUACACCAUUGUUACUUCCGCCGGUGGUGCUGCCAUCACCUUGGCUCCCAGUGAAUACGGCAAAGUCACGUCUACACUUGGCUCAGUAUGGACAGUCGCUACCGGCGACAUCGCAUCUGUAUACCAAAGUGCAACUUCGUCCAGCGCAGCUUUGGACGUGAAAGCUUGGACCAUGUCCACACAGUUGCUCACGGGCCUCGUCACCGUAGCUGGGGGCAUCGCUGCAGGUGCCUGCGUUAUUUGGUGAUCGCACCGUCACCAGGGUGUUUCCCAUAUUCGCUCGUUCCGGUUUCCCGCUCCCGUAAAUGAGGAGAUCAUUUAUAUCUGUAUCUGUAGGACUUUCGAUCUUCAGGCAUCUAAUAGUUUGAUUAUACGCACGUACCCGCAUAUAAUGACAAUACAUAGCGAUGCACAUAUUGCAUGGAAUGCGUCACGAUGAACGUCG